AUGACUGGAAACAGUGAGUAUCUACUAUUCAGUGCCAUCGAAGGUCCUUUGGGCCUAGUACGAGUGAAGAAGAAGGAUAUGCGGCCUGAGGAUUUCGUCACGCCUCCUGGGGAGGACGGAGAACUACGGCAGCUCUAUAAUGACCUUGUUUGUGAGGUAUGUCGAGAAGGGACUGCUGAAAAUGCCCUCCUGAUUUGCGAGAUGUGCGAUAGAGGCUACCAUACCUUCUGUUUGCGCCCACGGCUCACCUCAGUGCCUCUGGACGACUGGUACGUUCUGUCCGGAGUGCCAGCAAGCCAUGCUAGAGUCAGUGACCACGUCCCCACCUCCCCGACGCUCCCUCCGACUGCAGCGGAGAUCUACCAGUCGAUCGAACACACCAACUGA